AUGCAUAUUUGUUUCCUUUUUGAUCGGCUUGAGAGCCUCGCCGACCUGGUGAAGAUUGUGGGUAUGACAGGUUGCAGUGUUCUCCCGUGGCUGCAGUCUGAUCGAGAUGGGGAGGGGACAGUGGGCGCCCUUUGCCAUUCACCAUUCGCCAUUUUUCCACUUCGCCUUUUGCCAUUUGGUGUUGUAGGGGAAGGUGCAGCGCAUUGGGCGUGGCAGGCUUGCGGUGGCAGUAUCGCCAUCCACGUCCAUGCGGCAGACCUUGCCCAUGUUUCGUGGUUUUGUAGUCACACACACGUGCAUGCGGAUAAUCCGAUAUGCGGUGCGAGACAUGGAACUGCCCCCUUGGCGACGACCACACCCUGGCACACACACACACACACACACACCUACUGGCACACACCCAACUGGCACGUCUCCGCCAUGGUUGCGCCACGAAUACUUGGACUAUCAUGCUCGAUCCUGCCGCCGGCCCAUUUGCAUUCGCGCCGGCCAUUGAAGAUCCCUCCCCCCAGAGCCCCCGGAAACCAAGAAACGCAGAGCCCAGAGCCCGCAAGUCGUGCCUUGGCUCGCCCAACGACGCCGCGCCUCUGUCUCUGUAUCUGCGACGGUGACUGCGACGGUGACUGUGACGAUAUCGUCACCGUCCUAGGCGGCGCAAAGACUCUCCACACCCCCACCUCUGUGUCUGGACAUGCCCUGAGAGAGGCAUUGCGGCGCCGAAUGAUCUGGUUGCUCCUCUAUCCACUGCGUGGAGAGAGUGAGCCGCCAAAGCUUGCGGCCUCGCACCCCAUCCGCCGCGCUUUCCAGGCUUACGGCACUGCGACGGCUCGGCACUGGCUGAUCUCCAUUGUCCUCUUCAUCGUCCUCUCCUUCCUCCUCUGCUACCAGGCCAUCUUCCAGGCCGACAGCGCUGCCGGCGCGGGGCUGCGCAACUUGCCCAAGCAUGUCUGGACCUCCACCACCGAGAUAGAGGGUAAGCGGCCCGCCGACGUCGUCGUGCGCCAGGUCUGGGUCUACGGCGACUACAUGAAGGCAAUUGACCUGCCUGUCCUCGAGGAAGCGUUGCUCGUCCAGGAAGUCCUCAUAGGCACUGGCUUCGAGAUGAAUCGCAGUGAAGGCCUCACAACGCAACAAACGCUGAUCCACGAUCAUGCCCAUCCACAAUGCAUCGCAAAUGCAGCAGGUCAGGGCUGGGGCUGGCAUUCGCCAUUGAUGUAUUGGGAUUGCUCGCUUCGCGCGUUGCAAGGCGACUUAGACUUGCUAGCCACCAUCAAUGCAAAUCAAAAGAUGCAGACCGCGCUCAAUCUAACACUGCGCCCCAGUACCGUGUUCGCGGGCAAGACCUUCUCAAACAGCAAGCUUCGUGCUGCGGAUGCGCUCGUCAUCACCUGGUUCGACUAUAGCAAUUCAAGUCUUGGAGAAUUGUGGAAUUCCCGGACAAGUGCGCUUCCUCACCAUCUCUCGCCAGGCUGGACCAUGUUUCCACUUGAUGGCCAGGUUGUCGACGAUCGACUUUAUGAAUUUCGUUUUUGGCCCAUGUCGUACAGCGACGACUUGCUUCUGCUCGCCUCCUAUCUGGCCACUGCAGGAUAUGUAAUACUGAGAAUGACGCAGCUACGUGCUGUAAAGAGUUGGUUCGGUCUACUGGUCACCAUAUCAGCCAAAAUGACCAUUUGCAUAAUUGCUAGUUUCUCCUUGUGUACAUAUAUUGGCAUCGAUUUGUCGCGCAUACCCCGGCCAUGGUUUCCUACGGUAGUUUUUUGUUUUGGGCUUGGGAACAUAUUUCGUUUAAUUAACGUCGUCUUGGAGACUGCUCCAGAGAUGCCUCCGCCCCAGCGCAUUGGGCAUGCCAUUGGCCAAAUCGGUCAUCUCUCUACCGCCAUUGCCUUCCAAAACAUCGCUGGGCUAUACCUACUCUCACGAUAUGUCACACCUUGGGUUGCAGACUUUUGCAUUUUCACAGCAGUAACGCUAGUCUUCGACUUUGUCUUCCACCUCACCUUCUUCGUUGCUGUCUUGAGCGUGGACGUGCAACGAAUGGAGCUGUCAGAUUCGCUAGAGCGCCUCGCUCACAGUCAAGCCACGAAGAAGAAGCACACAGAACAACAAUCAUGGCUCGCUAGGUUACCAACGAGCACUCGCUUCGCAGGAUCGAUUGGGUCUUUCUCCGUCAUCUUGGCUCUCAAUUGGCACUACCUGAACAGCAACGGCAAGAAGUUGUCAUUUCAUAACAUCCCUCAGAGGUUCGUUUCAACAACAAGGCAGAAAGCUGCCGACACUGUCUGGAACCAGCCGCCGAUUAACCAAGCCAGAACUCCUGCCGACUGGCUAAGACUUCAGGACCAUAACACGGCCCGGGAGCUCUUCAGCUUCAUUAAGCCUGGUGCUCAAAGCUUUGUAGCUCGUAUAUACGAUCCGCUUCUCGUCAUCCCGAAAGGAGCGCAAGGAAGGGAUGGCCCGCAGCCACCGACCUCUCUUCCCGAAGCUUUUCGUCGUUUUGCGCACGCACACGCAUUUCCCGCAGCUUUAAUUCUUGCCUUUCUGAUCGCUGGUGUAACUCUGCUAAUGAACUAUCUACUCUGGACAGGUCUAACGGAAAAUGCAGUCGAUGCCGAAGACGAGGAGUCCAUGUUCUCAGUCAAGACACUAUUAACGCCACAAACGACUGACGUAGUUCGACUUGCAUCUUGCCCAAAGGGUCACAUUGCCAGCAUUUCGUUGGACCGGACCACUGCAAUCUGGUCACAUACACCAGAUGGCUACUCGCCUUUCCUGUUACCAACAGCAACCAUGAAGCCCAAUCUGUGGCCUAUCAACGCUAGUGCUAUCGAUGAUGGUGGGACUCAGCUUGCGUUGUGUGCCAAUUCCGGUCAAAUCGGGCUCUGGAAUAUUGCGGCUAAACAGUUCGCCCUGUUCCCGAAGAUUGACCUGCGAGGACAAGUACCGAUCUUGUUCCGCUUUGCCACUCUUCUUACUCGCAUAGACGCCGAGAGACCAUACCUGAUUAUUGUCAGUCCGGACGGCCGUCUGACGGAACUAGAAGCGUCCACUGGUAUCCAUCACACCAAGCGCAUAUCAUCAAGCUCCAUCAUUUGUGCCAAGCUGUACAUACAUGGCAGGAACACUAGUCUGGUCUAUGUGACCAAGUCUGGGGAGGUACAUAUAUUGCCAUUGAGGGAGGGAAUUAACGCGACGUCGGAAGUAGUCGCUGGUCUCGAUCCAGGACCACCACCAGGAAGCAACCCAGAAAAAAUCAAGUGCAUUGAAGGAGUUCCCAGUCUCGGCAUCAUCUUCGCACUUCGAGAUGAGCAAGCAGAGGUCUUUGACUUUAAGAGUCGAGCACUGAUCCACUCUUUCCAGAUUGGCCACCUCGAACCUCACUCAUUUCGCAUUUCGCAUCCUGCUAGACGACUAUGCUCAUGUGGAGCGCCUGCUGUACGCUUCCUAUCCGUUGCUUACAACGAGGAACACUCCAACCACAUGAUCAUGCAGACCUUCACCUCGUCCAACCCCUCCAUCUCACAACUCUGCCUCGGAAAAAGUCCCGACCACGACCAACACGACUGCCAACGCCUCGACAGCGCCCACGAGGCAGUCCAUUACGUCGAACCUGCUGGUGUUUGGGCAUUGACAAGCACGCUCAGCAUCAUAGGCAUACGGCGCGGCACCCAUCCGCCCUCCGCCUCAUCCACUCCUUCGGGCACAGAAGACGCACACUACACCGCCGACGCUCGCACUCUCGCCUCCGCACUCAAACACCGUGCCCGCAAGCCACCCCACCCGAACACGGUCCCCCACACCCUCGACUCCACCUUUGCCAACACCCGCCACACCACGCGCGCCCCCCUCUGCACCACCGAAUGGGAAGCCUGGACCCUCUCCCCGAUGGGCGAUUUUCGCUCCCGCCCCCUCCAACCCGACGACCUCGAAGACGCGGAAUCCGGCUUCGCCGACGAUCACGAACUCUUCGUACCGGCCCCUGGACCCAUCAGCCGCCAUGGAAAGUGCAGCGUCGUUGUCGGUUUCGGAAACGCGCUCAAGAUCAUCUCGCUCGGUAGGGAAACGUUUGAUGGUCUUGUGGCCGGGGCCGAGGGGGUUGGGUCCACGGGCGCCCUCGAUUUGGGCGUCGGGAGUACUCAUGCGUAUAGGGCUAGGAAGGGGGGUGGGAGGAAGAUUCAGUAA